UAACUGGAAUUUCUGGCUACGUCCCCGGCUGUAUGCUAACACUGAAAUGAAAAUCGCAACAAUAUUAAAUAUUCAUGAACCAUGGUGUGGCCAACGUUCCUUGGGUGACUAUAUAAAAUGCUUUUGAUCGCCUUAUAUACUUUCAUUUUCAGAACUGUCUGUAAAAACUGUGGUGGUCGAAGUCUGUUUGGAAAAGGUCUGGACGUUGGCGUUUGGAAAAUGGGAGGUGGGAGCAGUACCCCAGUGACAGUGGAGAAAAAAACAGAACUCCUUGGUAAACCAUGGAGGAAUGUUGUGUGGGACCAUAGCACACAAACUGAUCUCAAGCAAUACCUGCUAGAUUACAAGCCCACUAUUGAUUCAGUGCCUCAGGCUCGGAUUCUUCUAAUUGGUCGGCUUCAAGCUGGAAAAUCAAGCUUCUUCAACUCCAUCAACUCUAUCUUCCGUGGCAACAUUACAAGCCAAGCUGGAGCUGGAGAAAUGACAACCAGCCUGACUUUGAAGUAUCGCACUUACAAGGUGAAGGCAGGCCGAGGCGGACAGCCACUGGCAUUCCUACUGUGUGACACCAUGGGAUUGGAACAAACAGAUCAUGGAGGGGUGAACCCUAAAGAUAUAAUGAGCAUCCUGAAGGGCUGCAUACCAGACGAGUACCGGUUCAACCCUUCACAACCAAAGGAAGCUGCUGACUGUCAGCAAUGCAGCACACAGACACUUGCAGACCGGAUCCACUGUGUGGUGUACGUGAUGGACAGCUCAUCGCCUGGACUUCUAGACGAAGGCAUGAAGAAGAAAGUUGAUGAAAUCCGAAAGGAAUGUUGCUUGCACGAUGUCCCUCUAGUAGUGCUACUGACCAAAGUGGACAGAGCGUGCCCACUUGUGGAAGAGGACUUGGAGAAUGUGUACCGCAGCUGCUACAUAAGGGAACUGAUCAAAAAAGCAAGUGGAUGUCUGGGCAUUGCGGAGUCAAAUGUGCUUCCAGUGAAGAAUUACUCCAGUGAGAUUGAGCUGAAUGACACCUGUGACAUCCUGCUCCUCAGUGCUAUGAAGCAGAUGCUCAACUUUGCUGAUAAUUACUUAGACAACUUUGAUUAGGAGACACAGUAGAGAGACACCAUGAAUUCAUCGUAUUUGGGGUCAGUGCCAACAGCUCAUUCUGAUGGUGUCGAGAGCUGCUGCCCAAGUUUUUGUCUCCUCCAGCCUAUAGAUAUAAUCAGACAUAUUAAUAAAAUAACUUGGUGAUUCCUGCAUGGUUCAGUGUCUGUCUCAGUCUUAACUGUGGUUUGGAUCAGUUUUCUACGUCUGUAUUUCAAGUUUUCUUCAGUGUCUAUGUCAGUUUCAUUACUAGCCUGUUGAUUUGGAAAUUAUCAAAUAAAUUGAAAUAAAAUGGUCUCAUAUUCCUUUG